GUCUUAUGCACAGUCAGUUGGAAUGGGACACAUAGAUCUUUUGCAAGCACCUGAAGCAUUAACGAUCACUGAAGACCAUGUGGAGUCUUGGGUCCCUUCUAGAAGUCUCUGCAGUGGAAGGGGAAAUUGGGGCAUCAAAAGGCCUUGAUGACUGCCUCCAGCAAUACAUUAAAAAUUUUGAAAGGGAAAAAAUCAGUGGAGAACAGCUGUUGCACAUAACUCAUCAAGAACUUGAAGAACUGGGAGUCACCCGCAUUGGACACCAAGAAUUGAUCUUAGAAGCAGUUGAUCUGCUCUGUGCAUUGAAUUAUGGUUUGGAGACAGAAAACCUGAGAACACUCUCUCACAAGCUGAAUGCCUCAGCCAAAAAUCUUCAGAACUUUAUAACGGGUAGAAGGAGGAGUGGCCAUUAUGAUGGCAGGGCCUCCAGACGACUGCCAAAUGAUUUUCUUACCUCUGUUGUUGACCUGAUUGGUGCUGCCAAGAACUUGCUAGCCUGGCUGGACAGGUCUCCAUUUGUCAGUGUGACAGAAUACUCACUGCUGAAAAACAAUAUUGUUCAACUGUGCCUGGAAUUAACAACCAUCGUGCAACAGGAUUGCACAGUAUACGAAACAGAAAAUAAAAUUCUUCAUGUGCAGUCUGUAUGGAAACUGAAGAACCUAUCACUACUGAAUUUAUGGACCCAUCCACCUACCCAGAAUGAAAAUGUCCAGUGUAAAACUUUGUCUGGAAUCUGUGACCACAUCAUCUCUCUCUCAUCUGACUCUCUGGUGUCUCAGUCAGCACACCUUGAAGUAGUUCACCUUACUAGCAUUAUGCCCAGUGAGGGCUUGGGGAUGUAUAUCAAGUCAACAUACGAUGGGCUGCAUGUAAUCACUGGGACUACUGAAAAUUCUCCUGCAGACCAGUGUAAGAAGAUCCAUGCAGGGGAUGAGGUGAUCCAGGUCAAUCAUCAAACUGUGGUUGGCUGGCAGUUAAAGAACCUUGUAAAUGCAUUGCGGGAAGACCCAAAUGGAGUGAUCUUAACCUUGAAGAAACGUCCUCAAAACACCCUGGUUUCUGCUCCUGCACUUCUGAAGAAUGUGAGGUGGAAGCCUCUAGCACUUCAGCCUGUGAUUCCAACCAGUCCAACAAGCAGCUCCACAACUCCAACCAGCACAAUGGGCAUGUCCUCAAAAAUGGAUAGCUCUGCUCUCCAGGACAUUUUCAUCCUCUCUCCCAUGUCAGGACUUUAUGGCCCAAGGGAUGAAAUUGGAAUAAUGUCUUGUGAUGACAUCAGCAAAUAUGGAAAGUCUGGAAUGAAAGGCUCCGAGUCACCUAGCUACUUUCUGGAGCAUGAAAGUGGGAAGUAUUACACAUUAAUUGAAGAUGAGGGCCAUCCAAUGGGCUCUGAGUAUGAGAGAGGCAGAACCACAGGAGUUCGGAGAAGAGAAAAGACACCAACUCAUGGUGACUUGAGGCCUGUUUCUAUGCCUACAGAGUUCAGCUGGAUGGGGGAGUCAAAAGAACCAAACAUGUACAAGAGAGGCAGCCGAGAUUCGGAGAAUUCACUCCUGCGAUACCUGAGUGAUGACAAGAUCUUGGUGAUCCAAGAAGAGCCUUUGACACAGAAAGACAACAAGAGAGACACAGGCCGCAGGUCAAGGAAAAAGGGCAAAAACACAAGUAGCCCGAACUAUCCAAUUAGCCCAUCUAUGUUGACAUCUACUGUUAGCGUUAGGCUGGAACCGGGGCAGCAAGAUGUCUUGAAUUUCUCACUAGCUGAAAGCAACACUGUUCCACUGUAUCACAGAGCAGGGGAGACAAUCGGUGGAGAUUCUGAAAGGUACGCUAGUUCUGCCAGUGACCGUCAAGGGAGCACAUCCAUGAGGAAGUCUUUCCACUACGCUUCCCUGAGGGUAAAAACCAAAAAAUGGUCCAAAGGGAGUUCUCUGACUAGUGGGAGCAGGAGGCGGAUUUCCUGCAAAGACUUGGGCCAUGGAGAUUGUGAGGGCUGGCUGUGGAAGAAAAAAGAUGCCAAAGGAUACUUUACACAGAAAUGGAAAAAAUACUGGUUUAUUCUGAAGGAUUCUUCACUGUACUGGUACACAAACCAGAAUGAUGAAAAAGCAGAAGGAUUCAUCAGUUUACCUGAGUUCAGGAUAGAUAGAGCCAUUGAAUGCAGAAGGAAACAUGCCUUCAAAGCAUGCCACCCAAAAAUUAAGAGCUUUUACUUUGCAACUGACUGUCUUGAAGAAAUGAAUAGAUGGAUGAACCGCCUGGGUCUUGCAGCCAUUGGUUAUACACCUGAUGACAAGGAUAUUCGGCCAGAUGAAGAUUACUGGAGUGAAAGUGACCAGGAUGAUAUUGAUGGCUCUUUAACCCUGAAACAGGAAGGUCCUUCAACACUAUGUGACACCUACCAUCGAACACCCUCAGUGAAUUCUUCAAGUCCAUUCCCUGAACUGAAACAUGGUCGACACUUUUCAAGCGAAUCUACCCACUCUUACUCUUCUGCGGAGGAUUCCCGACAAGAUGCCACAGGAAGUACACACUCGUCAGGAUGCAGACCUCCCUAUCGAGAAAGGCGCUCAUGGCAGGAUCUGAUAGAGACCCCUUUAACCAGUUCUGGCCUUCAUUUUCUUCAGACUGUUCCUCCUGACCCAGAAUACGUGAGUGGCCGACCUGGAAUGUCACCAGAGAGGCGAAGACAGGCAACGUUACCGGUCCAAAGACGUCACAAUCAUGAACGAGAUGGACCUUUCCCUUUGGUGGAGUGGCAAAGGGGAUAUAGUUCUCAUAACAGGCCCCACAAACAACGUAGUCAAAGCCUUCCACGAAACAGAGAUGUCAGGGGCAAAGGGUGUGUAAAGUCUUCAGGCAUAACAGAAGAGAAGCCUGAAGAGAAACUUCUUAUAAAAAAGCAAAAUAGUUUCUGUGAAGAAGAAAACAUAAAGGAAAUCAGGGAAAGUACAGAUGGUCUGCAAGAGCUGUACAAGUCUUUGGAACAAGCCAGCUUGUCAGCCUUUGGAGAGCAGCGUCCUUCUACCAAGCAGGAAUUCCGGAAGUCUUUUGUAAAGAGGUGCAAUGAUCCAAUUAUCAAUGAAAAACUUCAUCACAUCAGAGUUCUCAAGAGCACUUUAAAAGCAAAGGAAGGGGACCUGGUAACUAUCAACAAUCUUCUGGAUGAUCCCAACUUGACAUCAAAGAAGUUCAAAGAGUGGAAGCUAAAGAACUAUGAAUUUUUCCUGGACAUUUGUGAGUACAGCACUGCUCUGAAACCUCAAAAUGGAGCCACUGAACUUGUAAUCCCUGCACCACUGCUGACACACACACAUUCAUUCAUUGAAACACAUGUCUGACAGGACUAGCACCGUGAACACUUGCUGGGUGCCAUGAGAAAUCCAAUAUAGUAAACACUGUAAUAUUUGUAAAUGUACUCAGCAGUAUUAUAAAUAAAUUGGAUAAGAGAAUAGUGCCACAGGAUGCCUACUACAUUGCAUGAGAAGUAUUAUUCUGUUCUGAAUUACUUUGUUUGCUAUUAUCAACCAACAUGCUUAUCAAGUUCUGCAUUAGAAAGAAGCAGUGCAGAAGUGUAAUGGAAAAUAUAUACCAGUAUAUUUAUUUAAGGACUGUACUAAAGCUAAGCUUAUAGUAAUGAGUUCUUACAACCAUUUUAUAUAUUUAGAUAUAUAUUAUAUGUAAAUAUAUCUACGUAUAUAAAAGGUAACAUAGUAGUUUAUAUUUAUUUUUUAAAAUACCCUAAAAUUCACCUUUUCACAAAUUUUUCUUGAAGGAAAUAUAUAAAAAAAAAAAUACACUGGCCACUCUUAGGGGUGCAUGUUUUUUUCCAACCUUUCCAAGCAGUGGUAGCUACCAUCUUUAUGAAAUUAGAGAAGACCAGAGUAAUAAAAAAAGUAAACUUAACCACUUUCACGUGCCUUACAAUGUUUAGUGUAUAUAUCCAGAAAAUAGACUCUCCUUUGGCCCUAUGAGCAUACUGUGCAUGCCACUUUGAUAUUGUGCCUAUUUUUAAAAGAAUGAGCUUGCCUUUAAAAGGAGUGGUCAUAGGCACACAAGUGUGGCACUGAAGAGGUUAAGACACAAGUAGAACAAAGCUGGUUGUUCACUGAUGCUGUCACUUGAACUGACUUUUCUAUCUACUUUGAAGUGUUUUAUGGUAAAAGACAAACAUCUGCUUCUGAAGAUGGUAGCUAUGGCAGUUUUCAUAAUCGCACCACUGUGAAUUUAGUGCCACAAACCUGUGAGCCACAAAAUUAUGAAAAUAUUGUUAUCUGAUGCUUCAAGACUGAGAAUUAAGUAAAAGAUUCUUGAACUGAUCAAUUGUAUAUCAAACUGUCAUAUAGAGCUGGGUAAAGAAGUCAUAUUGUUCAAAAUUAUUCACCAUAUAAUUCUUUAUCUGUAGAUACUUCAUGAACAAGUUAAUUGCAAGUGUUCAAUUCAGUAUUUGAAACUCAAUUUGUAUUAGUUAGUUUUAAAUGUAUGCAUAAAAUCAUAUGGUUUCUUUCUGUUCCCUGCUUAGAAACUUGAAGAUUCAGGUUUUCGGAGUGAAUAUUUGCAUUUAUGAAAACAAAAUCUGCUUUCCAUAAAUAUUCUCAAAUAUGCACUUAAAACUCAAGUUUCUGCAAACAUUCCUGCUAGUAAACUUAUUUAUUAGAAUAUUCUCAGAAAGCAAUUUCAUAUAUACAUUUGAAUAAAUAUUUGCAGAAAAAUGUAUUUGCCCAGUUCUAGUUUCACAGAAGGAAUCAAAUUGUAAAGUUCAAAUUAUUCGUUGUGAUAUGAAAUAGAAAAAAGUGGCUCAAGGUGAUAAAUUUACUUACUUUAUAGAGACAAGAAUUUAGUGAGAGCAUCCUUUUGUUUAGUUCAUUUAUGAUACAGUACCUGAAAAAAAGGAAUGCUACUCAGACUUAUUUUUCUAUCACUAUUAUACCACCAUUUAUUUGAACCAUAGUGGACACAGUGGUAAAAAAAAUUCACCCUGAAAUAAUUCCAGGAUAUAGUUAUAUUAUUAGUAGAAGAAUAUUACUGACCUUUAUAUUGGGUUCUCUGCAUCACACCAGCUCUUGAAUCAUGAAAUCAUUGCACUACAAUUAUAAUUACAUUUGGAUAGAACAUACAAAAUAAUUGCAUGUAGGUCCCUAAUUCGGCAUAGCAAUUAAGUCCAUGCUUGGUCCCAUUCAGGUCAAUGGGCCCAUAAGCAUGGGCUUAAAAGGGUAUGAUCCUGCUCCUGUUUAAGUUAAUGGCAAAAUUCCCAUUGUCUUCAGAGGAGCAGGAUUAAACCCUAAAUGCUCUGCUGAAUAGUGAUGGAUUUAAGCAUGCACUUAAAGUUAAUCCUGUGCCUAAAGUGCUUUGCUGAAUUGCAGCAAUAAUGAAGGUGCAGGGAAUAGACCGAGAAAACCUUGCCAUCACACAUUCACCAAAAUCAGAAUUGUGAUAUUCAUGCAAACAGUAAACACAAAUCUGAAUGUAUUUACUAUGUGAACAUUUUAAUUAGUGCACCACUGAAUAGAAAGAGCAUGAGAAGAGUUCUUAUCUUUCUAACUUUUGUUCAUAUCAAUCUAUAAAUAUUAUAAAUAUAUAUCUCACUAUUUUUUUAUUGCUGUCCUCCAUAUGGUGUGGGAGGAGUAUUAUGUAUUGAAAUAAGCAAUGGUGUAAGGUGGAAAAGCCACUUUGAAAUUGUACUGCAUACUGUAUGUGCAUUAACAAGAAGCUAUAGAUGGUCACAAAAUACUAAUUAAAUGGAUUGUGCUUUUGGUGUUCUUACUGAGAUUUUCUCAUCUGCAUUUUGUUUCAAACCCAAACCACAGUCUGUGCUUUUGUACUAAGAUUUUAAAACAAUGUUCAAGAGGGAUUCCAUUGUAUUGUAACCCAAAGAUCGGAAAAUACCACUUGACUGGAGAACAUGUUAAAUGAAGUCUUCGGUAAACAUUCAAAAGUGAACUUACCCUCUUCUUCUCAAAUAUUAAUUGGAUAGAGCUAAAAUAGAAAAAGAAUAUAUGUGCCUCCAAAAAUAAACAAAAAAUGGUAGCUAAAGAGACUGGAUCGCAACCUUCAUUUCUCAGAGGGUUUAGUAUAAAUAAAAGAAAAAUAAUCAAAGGUAUUUCUGAAAGCUAAUGAGUGGCUGAGAUUAGUCUGGGCCAUAAAACUAAUCCCUCCCAUGGUUAAGAGAUCACACUUCUUUUGAUCAUAUUUUCUUAAAAACCUUUCCUUGGCAUGAGUCUAUUCGUUUUGAAGUUCUAGUGAUAUGAGUCUAUAUUUUACUCUUGGAGAGCCAUCCCCAUCAAAGAAGCUAAAAUGUGUUUUGGUUAUUCAGGAUAAAAAAAAGUGAGCUAAUAAGGAAAAUGAACUAUUUUUCCUUUUAGUAUAUGUUGGAGAGGUUUUUCAUGGCUGGGGUUGAGACAAACUGGGAGAUAGGUUUGGAGCAAUGCUUAGCCCCUAGAGCAAUAAAAAAAUUAUUUUUAAGUCUAAAACAGUAUUUUUAUUCUUUUAGCUUUUACAAAUAUCACUAACAUGUCAAUAGAGACAAAGUAUUUCCAGAGUAAUUUUGACAUAUUUACUUACAUGCAUACAAAAGUCUGUACAAUAAAUAAGAAUCGGUUAAAGCUGAUUUGCUAAGAAAAUGUCAACUAAUGUAUGCCCAUCAAUUUCUGUUUAAUAUUAGGAGAAGCAGAGUUUAACUUUCUAAACCAAACAAGACAAGACUUUCUAUAUUUAGGUUUAAAAAAAACACUUGAGAAUAAAGAUGUGGAGUUCUUUAAGUUAAACCAAGAAAUUGUUUUAAAAAUGUGAAUUAUACAUCCUACAUUUUAAAAAUAGCCUCCAUCUUUUCUAAUGGAUAAAAUAAAUUAAUAGGCUGGUUAAUCCAGACAUUUUGUUUGACAUAUGAGGUCAGAUAUUUGGCUCUGUUUCAGCCUAUUUUGCCUUCUCAGGCCGUGCAAGAAAGUCAAAAAACUGCCCAAAAAGAGGCUGUUAGAGAUUUAUCUUGGCAUAGAAGAAUCUCAGAAUAAAACAAUAUAGACAGAUCUACUCCACCAGCUCUUGCUCCCAGUGUAAAAGGUGUCAUAAGGGCAGGGCUAGGGAACACAGCAUUCCAGUAAACCUUGAGGCAUAAUGGCACUGAGGUUCAAAUUUGUGCUCAUAGUUGGCUUAUCUCCUACCAGCCCUGAGGUUCAGGGAAGACAAAAGAUGCCUUAGACUGAGCUAUGUGCCUCCCCACUGCUUCAGCUGUGCCAAGCUCUGCUCCAGUGCAAUGAAGUUUGGAGUCCAAAGUGUCUGUUGGAUGAAUAAAUAAAUCCAGCUUCCACAGUAUCCAUCUAUAGAUACUGUUGUAGAUCUUAUAUAUUAUACAAAUGGUGCACAAACCUGCAUUAGCACAAAUUGUUUUGGGGUUUGUGACCUAUAAGCCAAUUGGAUCAUAUUUUCAUUGAAAUCAGUGGCAAAAUUUCCUGAUCCAAAUUUGCCCUAACACUCAAUAUAGUCCUCCUGAAAUCAAUAUGGUUGCACAUGAGUAAGGGUAGGAAUGGCGCUCCCUUGACUUCAGUGGUGGAGCAAAAUCAAGCCCAGAAUAAAUAUAUAAUAUUUAUUAGUUCAUCAGAAUUCCUGCCUGAAUACUCAGAUAAAUCCUGUAUUUUUAUUAUCUUCAACCACAUAAACAAUGUGUUUGGAUGUAUUUUAUUUAUUCAAAUGUUUUCAGAGUUAUCCAAACACUUUGAGCCUUUAUUCAGACUUUCUACCAGUAAUAUUUUUAACCAAAGAUGUCACUCAAUCAGCAUGGCUUUCCCGCAACUCCACAAACUUCAAUAAGUCUUUUUGUUGCUAGAUGCUCUUUUUGCAACUGAUUGUAUGCUUUUCACCAGUCACCCUCUUUUUUUAUUAUUGUUAUCCUUCCAUUUCCUCUAAAUACAGUCCUUUGAUCAUCCCAAUAUCUAUCUCAGUAGCACUUCCUGAAGAGUUUGAGACAUUUUUUAUUUUGUCAUGUUAUCAAAUGAAAAUGUCCCUGAAUUCAUUCUAUUUAAUAAAAAGAAAUAAUCAAAGGGAAAGAGAAGCUCUAACAAGUUGCAGCAUCAGUAUUCUUUAAUAUCAUCAUGUGGCAGAGAUGCUGAGUCAGAUUCUAUCCCUUAUCUCAGUUCCUACAUGCAAAAGCAAAUACGGGCCAUAGCUGUCACACAAAGGGUGGAGACAACAGUAUAGAGCUGUCAUCAUGGGUAUCAGAGGCAUUAUCUCUACAGUGCAAUGAAGAUUCUGGGCUGUGACACAGCCGCUAGACAAGCCAUCAGGAGGCUGCUGUAAAUUAGAGUAGCGUUUGGCAGCUCUAAUUUGCUUUGGGGCCUGCACUGACCCCAAAGUAACCUGCAAUCCUGAGGGUUCAAAGGUGAUUUAAAGUCAUCUUUGCCCCCACCUCCCCCUGGGCUGCACUUUCUCAAACAUUGACAGGAGAUUGUUUCUUUCUUUCUCUUUAGGAUUAAGAAUCAUCUUGCUCUUGUGCCAACUUUAUGGUCCUUCUUUCCCAAAUAGCCUGCCCAUAAGAACCUCUUGGAUUAGGAUAGGUCUUAUUGCCACAAGGCAGCCCUAUCAUUUGUUAUCAAAAGACUCAGGUGGCCUCUGUGCCAAACAGAGAAUUUUGAACUUGGAAUGUUGAUCAUCAGUCCAUUGUCAGAGCUGGGCCACUGCCCAGUAAACUGGAAAACUGGCGCACCAUUUGUCUUUAUUUUCUUUCUUUUUUUUGAACGGGAGUGAGAAGAGAAGCAGGGGAGGGAAUGGCAUCCAUACAAUUGAUGCAGGGAGUUCUCAGGUUUUGAAGAACUUUAGAUGAAAACUUAACUUUACCCCAACUCUCCUCUUUAAUUAUAGUUUUCUAGGUCAAAGUAUUGCAAUUUGGGGAAGGGUACCAUUUGAAAGCUUUUACUAAGGAAGUUCUCCCAUUAUUCUCCAGAAAUCUUGAGUUCUGACCAACCUCUCACUGAAGUCAAUGGGUGUCUUACUAUUGACUUUAAGGGGAUUUAGACUGGACUGUUGAUAGCAUAGAGACUGGGAAUGUUAUCAGUGGUGACGAAAUGUUGACAUCCAAAUUAAGAUUCUGGCAGAAAUUCCAUAUCAUGUGCCUAAAGUACAGUACAUCUCUGAGGAACAUUAUGAAACUCCAAGGGCCAUUAAACUCUGAUCCAUUAAAUCUGCUUUUGUGCUUCUCCGGUGACACAAAGCAAACUUAAGACCAUCUGAUCUGGGUCUCUGAGUACUAUCUCAACAUGCAAUCUCCUGCAAUCCUCCAGUAGCAUGAAGGAUGUGUAAAGCCCUCUCACUUACCAACACAGUGCAUGUGCCUGUGAGAAAGGGAACAUAGCUGGGGCUUCCUUACAUCCUGGAAAACCCUAGCUGUCAGCCUCUUGGAGCUGUUGGAAGUCACUGUGAGACAGAGCUGAAUGCCUAAAGUUUGGGUCAACAUUUAAUGGCUUUAGGGUCAGGGAGUCACAAAGGUGACAAAGCAAUUUUUGCUCCCUUUAAACAUACUGGACUUGUGCCAGAUGCUACUCAGCUGCUCCAGAGAAUCUGAGCCCAAAGGCUUAGCUGUCCCAGAAAACCCUGUGAGACUUGAGACUGUAUGAGGUCAAUUGACCAAUGGUAUAAGAAGUAUAAUUUAAUUUUCAGACUAAACACCAAUUUACUGAUGCAGGUAAAUCAGAAAACUGGGCUACUAUCAUGAACCCAAUCCUGAAAAGGGUCAGCAAGGAUAUCGGGGAUCUGCCUGCAUGGUUUGUUCUGCAGGACUGGGGACUUGUGCCUCUAAAAUGUCCACCACAGCACACCACAAUUCAAACUGUGCAAAUGUUAGUGUAAUAUCUACAAGGGAGAACUUCCUAAAGUGGCAUUUAAUUGGCUUAAGUUUCAAAAUACGGAAACUAGGCAUUUGUAGGGAAGACAUAUGGGGUAUGGCCCGUGUCAACUGUGGCUGGCCCAUGUCAACUGACUUGGGCUUGUGGGGCUCAGGCUACAGGGCUAUAAAAUUGCGGAGUAGACAUUCGGGCUCGAGCAGGAGCCCGGACUCUGGGACCCACAAGAGGGGAAUGCAAAAACUGGAUAACAAUGGCGAUAGCAAUAUUAACUCAGCUAGGGAUAACUUGGGCAAGGUGCUGAGCACUCUGACCUUGAUCUAUAAAAACAUUUAAGCAGGUGCUUAACUUUUAGCACAUGCAAAGUCCCACUGGAGUCAGUGGAACUACGCACUUGUGUAAGGUUUAGCCUGUAGUUAAUCGCUAUGCUGGGGCCUUAGAUUUUUUGUGGACUGUUACUUUUAUGUGAGGAGAGGCAUUAUAGCUCCUUUUUGACUCAUCAGAUCUUAUUAAACUUCCUGCUUUUACUUCUUCUUCAGAUUUUUCUCAUUAAACCUCAGCUGUGAAGAAGCUUUCAUAGGUGUCCUAGAUUUCUCUUUGCUUUUGUCUUUUAUCUCCUUUUCUACCCAAAUAAAUUUGCAUACUGUAGUUUAGGCUCUGCAAAGAUGUUGUCUUAACUCAUACCACUUAAUAUCUAAAUCUAAUCUCAGCCAUGUUAUCCAUUAGUGAGUGGAAAUUUGUAUUUCUUAUUAUUCUUAUUAUUUAAGUAACUGCUAUUGAAAUGUAGUAUCUUUAUGGUUGAUUUUUAAAAGAUUUUAUUUCCUUAGCUUCUUAUAAGCAGAACCAGUAUUUUAAUUAUGAUCAGCUCUAUUUAUUAAUGUAUAUGCAUCUGAUUCUCUAAUCUUAAUAUAACUAAUAGAUUAAACUUAUUUUCUACAUGUUACAAUUUAUGCCAUACUUCCAUAUUUGGAAGGAAGAUUAAAAUUAAUAUUGUUUAACUUUUGUCUGAUUUUGAGAUGGCUCAUAUACUAAUGCAAUCUGGUGUUAAUGAAUAUGUUACACACCUCAUUAAAAAAAAUACUGACUAUAUUCACUGUAUUCAGAAAAUAUUUACAGUCAUUCUUAAUACAGGCCAGUGCUGGAAUAAACCAAUUGAACUGACUAGUUUUAUUAAAAUAUGUACGUGCACUGCAUGCAUUAAAUGUGACAGUUGAGUACUGUAUAGUGUGCAUUACAGCCACUCUAUAUGCAGUACUUGAUGUAAGUGCUGAUGUUAUAGGAGAGAGAAAAUAGGUAGAGAACUAUGUUACUUGACUGGAAAUGCCCAAUAAACUUCUGUCCCCAAGCUUCUAGAGCAUUGUACAGUCUGAGGCAUUUGUGGGGUCUCAAUACAGCUGUUUUUACUUAUUGUAAAUGCAUGUGGCAGAAUGUUGCAAAUAACUUACAUUUCCAUAUUAUCUUGAGUCUCUGUUGCAUUUUGUUACUAGCAACUACAAAACACGUCUUAACCAACAAAUUCUGUUCGCUGGUCAAAGUAACAGUGAGACCUGUUAUAAAUGCUAAAUUAGGCUUAAUAUCCAGUAAGGACUUCUGUUUCACCAAGAAAUUGAAGCAUUUCAGUCUAAGAAGCUAGGAAGAGAAAAGUAUAGACAAUAAGAGGAAGGCACUAGUAUUAAGGAUCCUUUUGCAUUUGACACUGACGCUGUAUUAAUUACGAAGAAAAUAUCCUCGUAACACCAUUAAUUUCUGGGUCAUAGAUGACAUCUGUCUCGUUUACUAAAGUAGAUAUUAAGACUUGUACAAAUAGAGAGCCUAUUUUAGAUAAUGCUUAAAUGUAUGACACCCUUGUACUAUGGCUUGCACUUUACUUGCAUAUAAACUGUGAAGUAGGCUGUAGUAAUAAUGUCUUUGUAUAUUCAGGGGUUGAAAUACCAAAUCACUAGAGUAUUAUAAUGCUGGUGUUCAACCUGUACUGUUAAUCAAAUCUGAACAAGCUCACAAAGUGUAUUUUGAAAAUCCUGCUAACUUAAGAUCAUUAGCAAAUAAUGCUAUGGAGUCUCCAUGGUCUUUCUUUUGUAAAUAUGAACAUUCUUACUAUUUCUGUAGCAAUAGGAGGUUAUAAACCAAACUUUCACUAGGACUGUUUUCAACAACAAAAAAUUCUAUAGCACCUUGUAUAAAAAUCAUGGAGACUACAUGAUUUGUGGGCAUUUUUGUUUACAGACAAUGUGUAUAUAUAUGUAUUAGAGGCAGAACUGUUAUUUAUCACAAAGCUAUGUUGUGGUUGAUUAUUUCUAAAAGAAAAUGUAUGUUUUCUGUCAUAAAGAGAAAAAAAGUAUUUUAGUGGGAGCCAUCCUGAAAAGAAGUUUGAAGAUUCAAAGCUUCAAAUACCAGUAUGUCCAUAUUACAGAUGUUUCAGCCCCACCUGCUGUAUGUUUUCAUAAUUAGUUGUGAAAUAAAACUGAGAGGUGAUGAUACAAUGUCUAUCUGAGCCAGGGAAGAAUCCUGGAUUGUAUUACAGUUUAUACAUGGUUGGAUAUUUUGAGACUGCAAUAUAAUAAUUACCAUCAUAUUUAUAUCUGAAGGUCCCUUUUAUGAGUAGACAUUAUUUAGAUUCUGUAGUAAAUAAAGUCCUUCAGCUCACUGAUGCUACAGAGAUAGAAAAUGAAUUACUCUGGACUCAUACAGGUAAAACUAAAUUUCAACCCCUGGAUAAUACAGCAUUUUUCCCGUUUCCCAACAGUAUACUUAAUUUUAUACUUGUCCUAUGUUGGGAGGUGAUCCACUAAUUUAUAUAGACUAUGAAUGUUAGUUUAUUUUUCUUUUCUCUUUUCAGAUUAGUUCUGUGUGAAUUAUUGUAAUUGGCUGCAUUUUUUCUAUCACAGGUUAUCUUUUUGUGUGUCUACAAUGAGAAUUUAUGAAUGGAAAAUUUCACUGUGUGUUGCUCACUGGGCAUAUACCUCAUGGUACAUUGCACAGACGUGUAAGUUGUAAGUUGCACUGCAACAUUAAAAAAGGAACAUAUUGCUCUUUUUUCAAAGAUAUUAACUUAUUUAAAAGAUAUAGUCUGUACAUUAUGAAAAGGACAUUUAUUCCUCCUAAAUUCAAAAGCAGCUUUUGUUUUGGGGGAAAUAAGUUGUAAACUUCAGUUGUAAAUUUGGACUUCAAUAAACUGAAUUCUCUGCACUUAA